GUCAGUCACGUUUUCGUCCGGAUCGACGCCGUCCAGCCGCCGCUCCAGCCACGAUACGAGGGACCUUUUGCAGUUUUGGAACGCCGCGAAAAAACAUUCAAGGUACAGCGCCAUCGAUCAACGACGUGGAUUUCCAUCGACCGACUCAAGCCAGCAUUCAUCGCCCGGGAAGAUCCUACCGCCGACCAUUCGUACGCCGCGCAAUCGAUCGAACACCCCCCAAAAAAACGAGUCCGUUUUUUUCCCGCCGAGGGGGAGUAAUGUGGUGUUUCCGGCACCUUAUCACCACUUACACUAACGCGCCUUUUUAUUACCAUGUUUAUAUUAUAUUCGUCAUGUGUUUUAUAUUGUAUUCGUUUUAUUUAUUAUCUCUGUGAAUUAUAUUUUAUAAUGUUGUACCGUCUUUGGACUACUCGCCGCUCGACUUUUUCUCCCGCCUCGCGCGGCGACAUCGCCGUUACGCGCUCGAAGCCGCCAACGCGCGCCACUCUCGACACUCGCUUUUUCGCUCUCGACUCGAGCAGCCCUACGUCCGACGACUUGUCCCUACUUUGCGCGCAACAGUAUUUUGCACUUCAUUUACUUAACUUAGUCGAAAAUAUAUGCUAACGUAAUUUGCUUAAAAAGUUGUUAUUUUAUUUAAUCCUAGCUGAACCUAGGUAAACCUUCUGAAUUUGGUAACAGUAGUAUAGACGGCGCCCCGAAUCACAUUUCGGGCCACGACAGUGU